AAAAAAAACAAGUAAGCCCCCCACUAGUCUUCAACUAUCGGCCCUUCUUCAUUGCAAUGUGACCUAACCUCCUACUACGGCUUAACCAACCUCUUCUGCAAGAAGUUUCCAAUCAUGCGUACCGACUAUACACAAUCCGAAUCUUUCCAUUUAAUUUGAUUUUUUUUCCUUUUUUUUAUCCGUUUCCUUCUUCCCUUUGGAAAACUACAAAACUUUUUUUAAAAGCAUAUAAAUAACAUCGACCGGAAACGCAUCUCUUCUUUGAUUUUCACUUUGUAGUUACCACCCACUAUCCAAAAAUACCAAUCCAAACCAGAAAACCUCAUCAUCAAUUGCUUUUCUCUAGACCAAAAAAAUAAAUAAAAACCAUUCCUUUGAUUUUCUUCGACAACAACAUAAACUUGGUUCAGUGUAUCUCUCUUGCUGCUUCAUCAAUCAUCAUCGUCGCUACAAUGGUAAGUGAAAACAAGCAUAUGUCUGGGACAAAGAAAUCAGCAGUCCUGACGCCACCUUUAUCAAUAGAUACAUCGGAAGCUGAUUAUACGGCCCCAAAUCUAAUACAAAGAGUAUUCAGUCUUUUCAAGAAUGUCCGACCUGGAUCCGAUCUUACCAAAUUCCAGCUUCCACCUCUUUUCAAUUUGCCAAAAUCAUCUUUGCAAUGUUUUGGGGAGUCGCUCUAUUGUAUUGGUGGUAGCGAUGAUAUCUUAAGUCGAUGCAACGAUGGAAAGAGUUCAAUUGAUAGGUUUACUGCAGUUGUUGCAUGGAGCAUAUCAACAACACGUCCUGUGAUAUUCGGUCUAGCUCCCUUUAAUCCGAUUCUCGGCGAGACCCAUCAUGUGUCGAAUGGAACCUUAAAUGUUCUACUUGAGCAGGUCUCACAUCACCCACCGGUUACAGCACUCCACGCAACAGAUGAGAAAAGAAAAAUGGAGAUGAUUUGGUCCCAGCAAACAAUACCAAAGUUCUAUGGGACUUCAGUUGAAGCAGUGGUACAAGGCAAGAGAGAAUUGAAGCUCUUAAGCCAUGGUGAAAAUUAUGUGAUGAACACUCCUAAACUAUCAAUAAGAUUCAUUCCAGUUCCAAGAACCGAUUGGACCGGUAAUGUUACCAUCCGAUGUGAAGAAUCGGGUCUUCUAGCAGAGUUAUGUUAUACAGGGAAAUCUUUUCUAGGAUUUGGAGGUAAUAAUAGAUCAGUUAAAGGGAGGAUUAUUGAUACUUCGACAUCGAAAACAAUCUAUGAGGUUGACGGGCAUUGGGACAGAGUUGUUACUAUAAGGGACGUCAUGGACAAACACAAAACAAAAACAGUUAUAUACAAUGGAAAAGAAGCCUUGUCGAAUCUAAAAACCCCCGAGGUCAAGGAUGAGCAAGGAUUAUGGACAAGUGAAUCAGCAGUAGUGUGGAGCGAAGUAAUGCAAAGCGUACUGAACAAAGAUUGGGCAAAAGCAAGAGAAGCAAAGCAAGAAAUUGAGGAGAAAGAAAGGGAACUUUCAAAAGAGAGGAAAUUAAAAGGAGAGAAUUGGGUUCCAAAGUAUUUUAACUUGUCCAAAUCUAACUCCUCUAAAGAAGAAGUAUACGAGUGCUCACCUAAACAAAAAUGGGUUCCACCAGCUCCCAUUGUUUGUAAUCCUUUUCUUUGAACAUACAUAUGAAGAACUAUUUAGUAUAGUAAUUAGUAGAUUUUAACAUAUGAUCGGCUGUGAAACUAAAUAGUUUUACUCCCUAAUCAAAAGUUAUGAAUGAAUAUAUUUCAGCUUGCAA